AUGCAAAACGGUAGCCUUGAAGGUAGUUCGCAACCUCACAACUCUACCGUUGAAUUAGAUCAAGCAUUACCUCAGUUUACCAAGCCAGAAGAUGUUGGACAGGAACAUGAGGCUGGACCGCCAGCGAAAAAGCGGAAACUUGCAGACACGACUGCCACUUCGAAGACAUUGCCUCGACCAAUAUCACCCCCUUGGAAAAGGAUCGCUGUUGAUGGACCAACUUCUUUCGUCGAGGGUGGGAGAAGGAAAUCGUCACGAACCAAUACCAUUCCUUUGGAGCUCCAGCCACAAUCAGCAACGAGACGGACACGAGCAGCCGCGCACAAGGUCGAUGAGGGCAGAAGUACAUUGGCGCGGCAUUCGUAUGGUGGAUCCUCGAACCACACAAAACAUGAAAAGGGCGCUGAGAGGAGAACGAUGGCUGCUGUUAGACCUGCGCAAAGUGGACCAGGUAGACCCUCCGGUUUGAAAGAGCCUACGAGGAGUACAUCCGCUCGACGAAAUGAUGCUUCCAAAAUUGAAAGCUCACCGGUUCAAGGGACUAAGAGCACUGUCACACAACACUUCCGAGAUGCCAAUGGUGAUACUUCGACUGAGCAACAACAUUCUACACAACAACUUUUAAGCCCAGAAAGAGGCCAACGUCAACCGACUUCACUGAUAUCGCAACUUCACGAACCACUUAUUAGCUUUAACAGGAAGAUAGGCCCACAGUCACGUGACGAGGACGACCAGCUUAACGGACCAGGAGCCGCCGAAAAGUCGCCCAAGAGCAGGUUGCAAAAGAUCAAAUUCACAGUGCGGAUGCCGUCGAUCGUUGUCCAAACUCCUGCGAAUAUCCCGCUGCCGAAACGCUACACCACAUUUCGCGAUUUUCUAGAGCAAGACGAACUGGAGCCUAAAACUGGCGACGGAGUCUUAACACCCCGCCAGGUGGUUAGAGAGGCACAAGUUCGCAAGAAGGUUGAGGUUGCUCAGCGUUUAGGUGGACAAUUUGACAAAGAGCUACAACAGGCCUUGCCAGAGCGGCAAAAGGAGCCAAAUCGGCAACAUUUCCACCAUGACCAUCUCCUCGCACACGCCUUACAUUUUCGAAGGCUUCUUCACAAUGAGCACCUGAAGCACAAAUCAAAUGCAAAAAGAAUCGCUCACGAAGCUGCAAAGAUCGUUCGUGCCAAUAUACCCAAGUCCGCCGAAGAGGUCGAGCAGGAGCAGAUUGAUCUAGAGGCAGCCAAAUACCGGCAGGUUGUGAAAGACAUAUCACGUUUCUGGGCCUUGGUCGAAGUCGAAGUGAAUAAGAUUCGACAAGCUGAAAUUGAUGCUCUUGAUCAGGCUCGUAAAUUGCGGGAAUUCAAUGAACAAGUAGAAAAGCAUACCCAGAUGCUGGCACCGAAGCAGAAUGCGGACCUACUAGGUAUUUCAGACGAUGAAAGUGAUCAAUCAGGAGACUCCACAGACGACACUGUGGAAAGUUCAAACGAGGAGGAUGAGGACAACAUGUCAAGCAGCGACUCUUCGAGCGAGGCUGAUGGCAAUGCCAACGAUGCAGAUGCUUCAUUGACAGCGGAACAGCUCCGUGAGAAGUAUGCGAGCUUGCCCAAAGCACUGGAACCCUCUGUGGGCAGCGAUACAGCUGCACAUAUUAAUGCAGAGCCUGUGCAAGCUAGCGUCAGAAUUGCCAAACCCAUGAUUCUAGAAGAGGUUGACAAUGCUCUUCUUGAUAGUGACUCUGAGUCAAUCGGCACUAACGACGGUGAAGACUCGGAUACUGAAAAUUCUGAUCGGAGUGAUACAGCCGAGGAGACGGAGGAGGAAGAUGAAGAACCUGCGACAUUGCGUUCCCUUUUCGGACCUACCGACCUCAGCGAGCUUGCCAGCCCUGCACCUAUCUUGAGCGUGGAGCAAUAUGAAAGACACGUGAUAGGCGAUGACAACCAACCGCUCGAACGAGAAGAUGCUGCGCGCUCCAUGCCAGAGGUUACUUCGCAAAUUGUACAGGUAGAGCCGCUUACCUCAGUGGCCAAGGUUGACGUCAUGUCGACCCCUGCCAUCGAGUUUCCGACAGACGAGCACAAUAGCAUCGGACCCAGUACUCCCGUCUCACCACACACGUCAGUCACCAAAGCUUCGGAUGGAGACUCUUUCACGUCAAGUGACGCGCGUGCUGACAGUCAACGGCCUGUCACGCCGUUAAAAUCAAACAUACCACGUAUCAAGACCCCUGUGCCAUCCUUGCUGCGCGGUGUUCUUCGAGAGUAUCAGCAUGAAGGGCUCGACUGGUUGGCCAACCUCUAUUCGAAUCACCGUAAUGGCAUCCUUGCUGACGAAAUGGGGCUGGGAAAAACCAUUCAAAGCAUUGCACUCCUCGCUCAUCUCGCUACCGAGCAUCAUAUUUGGGGUCCCCACCUCAUCAUAGUUCCUUCAAGUGUAAUACUCAAUUGGGAAAUGGAGUUCAAGAAGUUCUGUCCAGGCUUCAAAGUCUUAACCUACUAUGGAAGCCAGGCUGAACGACAACAGAAGCGGCGAGGCUGGAUGGACAAUGAUCUUUGGCAUGUCGUCGUAACCUCAUAUCAACUAGUCGUUCAAGAUCAUAAGAAUUUCAAAAGACGCAAUUGGCACUACAUGAUACUUGACGAAGCUCACAACAUCAAGAACUUCCGUUCUCAGAGAUGGCAGACUAUGCUUACGUUCAAGACACGUGCUCGACUCCUGCUAACCGGAACUCCUUUACAAAACAAUCUCACCGAGUUGUGGUCCUUGCUUUUUUUCUUGAGACCUACAGACAUGGCAGAGGAUGAAGAUGAAGCAUUUGCUGGUCUGAGCGACUUUUCCGAUUGGUUCAGGAAGCCGGUCGAUCAAAUACUGGACCAAGGAAGAGACACCAUGGAUGAUGAAGCGCGGGACCAAGUAACAAAGCUACACAAAGUUAUCCGUCCUUAUCUGCUUCGACGUCUGAAGGCCGACGUUGAGAAACAAAUGCCGGCCAAAUACGAACAUGUUGAGCUGUGUCGCCUCUCGAAGCGUCAACGUCAGCUAUAUGAUGGUUUCAUGUCGAUGGCAAAGACGCGAGAGACACUCGCUUCCGGCAAUUACCUUUCCAUCAUCAAUUGUUUGAUGCAGCUGCGGAAGGUGUGCAACCAUCCAGAUCUCUUCGAGACACGACCUGUGACGACUUCAUUCGCCAUGUCCAAACCUGCAGUGGCCGAGUUUGAGGUCAACGAUUUCCUAUUUCGACGCAAACUGCUUUCUGGCUGGGAUCAGAAGGCAAACUUGGACUUUUUGCGGUUGGCCCCAAUCUCAAACGAGAACAAAUCUGCUGUUGAGGUUUUGGAGAGCUCAAGAAUAAUGGCUUUUUCGCAGCUUGAAGCUCUUCGAUUAGUACAGCAACAGCGUCUGGGAUUGGUCAAGCAAUAUCCUCAUACUUCGAUUUCUGGAGCGUUGGCUUCUUUGGAGAGUAUUGGUAGACAUGACCGAAUGGCUGAGCUUGGGCACAGCCUCUAUCAAGAGUAUUUCCACCAUCGGGCAAAGCCUCUCUAUGGAACUGGUCUAAUAUCUCGGCUAUCUAUCGAAACGACAAGUACGGCACUUUCACCGUGUUCGGACGAGAAGUCCUUUCCACGCUUCUGGGAGCUGAGCACACCUUCUGCGAGAUUAGAUCUGGUACAAAGCGUUCAGCAUCGAGCCACUGUAAUGCAACCUCUAAUACGAAGAUUCGGUUGCAUUACUCCCGCUGUUGUCGCCACGGAUCUAGCCAGCAGGUUCUUGUCCGAAGAAGGAACAAUGGCUGUACGAGAGGCUCCUGAGCUAUGGAUUCAAGACCCCUUCCACGAGGCACGAACACGUCUAUCUAUCGCCUUCCCAGAUAAGCGAUUGCUGCAGUACGACUGUGGAAAACUGCAGCGUCUGGACAAGCUCCUGAGAGAACUCCAAGCUGGUGGGCACAGAGCUUUGAUAUUCACCCAGAUGACAAAGGUCUUGGACAUUCUCGAACAGUUCCUUAAUAUUCAUGGCCAUCGAUACUUGCGACUUGACGGCUCGACCAAAAUUGAGCAGCGACAAAUCCUGACCGAACGCUUCAAUAACGAUACCCAGUUUCUCGCCUUCAUCCUCUCCUCUCGUUCUGGAGGUCUCGGCAUCAACCUUACCGGUGCAGAUACCGUGAUUUUCUACGAUCUCGAUUGGAAUCCUGCAAUGGACAAGCAAUGUCAAGACCGUUGUCAUAGGAUCGGUCAGACCAGGGAUGUUCACAUUUACCGGUUCGUUUCAGAGCACACGAUCGAGUCCAACAUCUUGCGCAAGUCAAACCAGAAGCGUAUGCUUGACGACGUUGUUAUUCAAGAAGGUGACUUUACCACAGACUACUUCAACAAGCUCAGUGUUCGUGAUAUGCUUGGUGAUGACAUUGGCGGCAUUGAUCAAGAUGCUAGCGCUGCCCUCGACAAGGUGCUUGGUUCUGCGAAAGGCGGAUUGGGUGCUGUGCUUGAAACAGCCGAAGAUCAAGAGGACGUUGUCGCUGCGAAACUAGCUGAGCGAGAAGAUAGACACGCCGAUGAUGGUGACUUUGAUGAGAAAGUCGUCUCGCACGAAACGAGCGCAACUCCCAGGACUCCAGGAGCACAAACUCCACGCGAGGAUACGUUGGUCAACGGGACCGGUAACAUUGUUGCUCGAGUUCCUCACCUCAAUCGAGCAGUGCGUGAUCUGGACGAGUGGGUCCUAGAAUCAAUGGUCCGAUGGAAGAACGAAGAGCUCGGUGAGAUCAAAGCUGGGACUUUGGCAACAGCAACGCGGGAUAGGAGAUCCAAGAAGAGGAAAGCCGGUGAACAUCGAGUCAAGAGGGCUAGAUGA